ACCGCAGGCGCCCCUAUGGAGGUAACCUCGCCGGCGGGACGCGGCGCCCCACCGCCGCAGGCGCAGGGAGCGAGGGGCCCGGUUGCCAGCCUGCUGCGCAGGAUAAAAGGCAAACUCUUCACCUGGAAUAUUUUGAAAACAAUUGCCCUGGGUCAGAUGUUGUCCUUGUGUAUAUGCGGAACAGCCAUUACCAGCCAGUAUUUGGCAGAAGAAUACCAAGCGAAUGCCCCCAUGCUCCAGAGCUUUAUCAACUAUUGCUUGCUGUUUUUAAUUUAUACUGUGAUGCUGGCAUUUCAGUCAGGCAGUGAUAACCUUUUAAACAUCUUGAAAAGAAAAUGGUGGAAGUACAUCCUGCUGGGACUAGCAGACGUGGAGGCUAAUUACUUGAUCAUCAGAGCGUACCAGUACACGACCCUAACCAGCGUCCAGCUUUUGGAUUGCUUUGGGAUUCCUGUGCUGAUGGCUCUCUCGUGGUUUAUUCUUUAUGCAAGAUACAGAGUGAUCCACUUCAUUGCUGUGGCCGUCUGUCUGCUGGGUGUAGGCACUAUGGUUGGUGCAGACAUAUUAGCAGGGAGGGAAGACAAUUCAGGCAGUGAUGUGCUGAUCGGGGACAUCAUGGUCCUUCUUGGGGCUUCCCUCUAUGCCAUUUCUAAUGUGUGUGAAGAAUACAUUGUGAAGAAGCUGAGCAGACAGGAGUUUUUAGGAAUGGUGGGCUUAUUUGGAACAAUUAUCAGUGGCAUACAGCUACUGCUUGUGGAAUAUAAGGACAUUGCCAACAUUCAUUGGAACUGGAAAAUUGCCCUGCUGUUUGUGGCAUUUGCCCUCUGCAUGUUCUGCUUGUACAGUUUCAUGCCACUGGUGAUUAAAGUUACUAGUGCCACUUCGGUCAACCUGGGCAUCCUGACAGCUGACCUCUACAGCCUUUUUUUUGGACUCUUUCUCUUUGGCUAUAAGUUCUCCGGGCUCUACAUCCUGUCUUUCACCAUCAUCAUGGCGGGGUUUAUUCUGUUCUGCUCCACCCCCACGCGCACGGCGGAGCCGGCCGAGACCAGCGUACCCCCAGUUACCGUCAUUGGAAUCGACAACUUGGGACUGAAGCUUGAGGAGAACCUCCAGGAGACCCACUCUGCGGUCUUGUAG